CAGAGCCGGCGCGGUCGCCUGUCGGAAGCUGCAGCUGGGAGCCGGGACGCGGCCACUCGGGCUGCCCCGCCGCUGCCGCCGCCGCUAGCCCGUUGGCCGCCGGCUGUGUCUUCCACAAUGAGUGUUCCUGACUACAUGCAGUGUGCAGAGGACCACCAGACCCUCCUGGUGGUGGUCCAGCCCGUGGGGAUCGUGUCAGAGGAGAACUUCUUCAGGAUCUACAAGCGGAUCUGCUCGGUGAGCCACAUCAGCGUGCAUGACUCACAGCGGGCGCUCUAUAUCCGCUACCGACACCACUACCCGCCCGAAAACAACGAGUGGGGCGACUUCCAGACGCACCGCAAGGUCGUGGGCCUCAUCACCAUCACUGACUGCAGCUCGUCCAAGGACUGGCCGCAGACUUUCGAGAAGUUCCACGUGCAGAAGGAGAUCUACGGCUCCACACUGUACGAUUCCCGCCUCUUCGUCUUCGGGUUGCAGGGGGACAUCACUGAGCAGCCGCGCACCGACGUGGCCUUCUAUCCCAACUACGACGACUGCGACUCGGUGGAGAAGAGGAUCGAGGACUUCAUCGAAUCACUCUUCAUCGUGCUCGAGUCCAAGCGCUUGGAUAGGGCCACAGACAAGUCCGGGGACAAGAUCCCCCUUCUCUGUGUUCCCUUUGAGAAAAAGGACUUUGUGGGACUGGACACGGAUAGUAGACAUUAUAAGAAGCGGUGCCAAGGACGCAUGCGGAAGCACGUGGGGGAUUUGUGCCUCCAGGCUGGGAUGCUGCAGGACUCCUUGGUUCAUUACCACAUGUCUGUGGAACUUCUCCGCUCUGUGAAUGACUUCUUGUGGCUUGGAGCUGCCCUUGAAGGAUUGUGUUCUGCGUCUGUCAUCUACCACUAUCCUGGUGGGACUGGAGGCCAGUCUGGAGGGCGCAGAGUCCAGGGGAGCACGCUUCCUGCUGAGGCAGCCAACAGACAUCGGCCAGGGGCACAAGAAGUUCUCAUUGAUCCAGGUGCUCUCACCACCAAUGGCAUAAAUCCAGACACCAGUGCUGAAAUUGGGCGUGCAAAGAACUGUCUUAGCCCUGAGGACAUCAUUGAUAAAUAUAAGGAAGCCAUUUCCUAUUACAGCAAGUAUAAGAAUGCCGGAGUGAUUGAGUUAGAGGCAUGUGUCAAAGCCGUGCGUGUCCUGGCCAUUCAGAAGCGAAGCAUGGAAGCAUCAGAAUUCCUCCAGAAUGCAGUUUAUAUCAACCUUCGACAGCUUUCUGAAGAAGAAAAGAUUCAGCGCUACAGCAUCCUCUCAGAGCUCUAUGAGCUGAUCGGCUUCCACCGCAAGUCCGCCUUCUUCAAGCGCGUUGCUGCCAUGCAGUGCGUGGCCCCCAGCAUCUCAGAGCCUGGGUGGAGGGCCUGCUAUAAACUCCUCCUGGAGACGCUCCCUGGCUACAGCCUGUCACUGGAUCCUAAAGACUUCAACAAAGGUACUCACCGGGGCUGGGCUGCCGUCCAGAUGCGCCUGCUGCAUGAGCUGGUGUACGCCUCCCGGAGGAUGGGGAAUCCUGCUCUUUCUGUCAGACACUUGUCCUUCCUCCUGCAGACCAUGCUGGAUUUUUUGUCUGAUCAAGAGAAGAAAGAUGUGACUCAAAGCCUGGAGAGCUACACCUCCAAAUGUCCUGGGACGAUGGAAGUAAUUACUCUCCCGGAUGGCCUCACGCUGCCUCCCGUGCCCUUCACCAAAUUGCCCAUUGUCAGGUGUGUGAAACUGUUGAACCUGCCUACAAGCCUCCGGCCGCAGAAAAUAAAAAGCUUGCUGGGUCAGAACGUGUCGACCAAGAGUCCCUUCAUCUACUCACCGAUUAUUGCACACAACCGUGGAGAAGAGCGGAACAAGAAAAUAGAUUUCCAGUGGGUUCAAGGGGAUGUGUGUGAAGUUCAACUGAUGGUAUAUAACCCAAUGCCCUUUGAGCUUCGUGUUGAAAACAUGGGGCUCCUCACAAGUGGAGUGGAGUUUGAGUCUCUCCCCGCAGCACUGUCCCUUCCAGCUGAGUCUGGUCUGUACCCAGUAACACUUGUUGGGGUCCCACAGACAACGGGGACCAUCACUGUGAAUGGUUACCACACCACGGUUUUCGGUGUCUUCAGUGACUGUUUGCUGGAUAACCUCCCGGGGGUGAAGACCAGCGGCUCCACAGUGGAGGUCAUUCCCGCUCUGCCCAGACUGCAGAUCAGUACGUCCCUGCCCAGGUCUGCACAUUCAUUGCAACCUUCGUCUGGUGAUGAGAUUUCUACUAGUGUGUCAGUCCAGCUGUACAAUGGAGAAACUCAACAACUUGUCAUUAAGCUGGAGAAUAUUGGAAUGGAACCACUGGAGAAGCUGGAAGUCACGUCAAAAAUUCUCACUACCAAAGAGAAACUAUAUGGCGACUUCUUGAGCUGGAAGCUAGAAGAAACCCUUGCCCAGUUCCCUUUGCAACCUGGAAAGGUGGCUACCUUCACCGUCAACAUCAAAGCAAAGCUGGAUUUUUCCUGCCAGGAGAAUCUCCUUCAAGACCUCAGUGAUGAUGGGAUCAGUGUGAGUGGCUUUCCACUGUGCAGUCCCUUUCGACAGGUGGUCCGACCUCGUGUGGAGAGCAAGCCUGCGAACCCACCAGAGGGCAGCAGGACCGGGGACCUGAGCCAUGUGAAGGUGAGACAGAGAUGGAAGGAGACACACAGACACCUGAGAUACUUCUUUCCCUCUUGUGAAGCUGCCCCCGCUGGUGGGGAUCAGACCCUGGAGGCAAUUCUGAAUUUCAAAUACUCUGGAGGCCCUGGCCACGUGGAAGGCUAUUACAGGAACCUCUCCUUGGGGCUGCAUGUGGAAGUGGAGCCUUCUGUGUUCUUCACUCGGGUCAGCACUCUGCCAGCCACCAGCACCCGACAGUGCCACCUCCUCCUGGAUGUCUUCAACUCCACAGAGCAUGAGCUCACCAUCAGCGCCCGCAACAAUGAAGAGCUCAUUCUGCAUGCCGGAGCCUGCCAGCGAAUGGCUAUUCAAGUGGACAAAUUCAGUUUUGAGAGUGUCCCUGAGCCUCCUGGAGAGAAGGCACAAUUUGCAAACCCGAAGCAGCUGGAGGAAGAGCGGCAGGAAGCCCGAGGCCUGGAGAUCAACAGCAAGCUGGACCUCCACAAGACGCACCCUUCUCUGAAGCGCACUGGCGAGGCAAGCGUGGAAGGAGUCCUGAACCAGCUGGUCCUGGAGCAUCUCCAGCUGGCACCUCUGCAGUGGGAUGUGUUGGUGGACGGACAACCAUGUGACUGUGAGGCAGCAGCCUGCCAGGUGGGCGACCCCGUCAGCCUAGAAGUGCGCCUGACCAACCGGAGCCCACGCAGUGUGGGGCCCUUCGCCCUGACUGUGGUCCCCUUCCAGGACCACCAAAACGGCGUGCACAACUAUGACCUGCACCACGCCAUCUCCUUCGUGGGCUCCAGCACCUUCUACCUGGAUGCAGUGCAGCCAGCAGGCCAGUCCACCUGCCUGGGAGCCUUGCUCUUCCUGUACACGGGUGACUUCUUCCUCCACAUCCGCUUCCACGAGAACAGCUCAAGCAAGGAGCUGCCGCCCUCCUGGUUCUGCUUGCCCAGUGUGCACGUGCGCGCCCUGGAUGCACAGGCCUGAGCCCACACCAUUGCCCAGUGAACAGCCACAGGCCUGGCUCCCAACCCCAUGGUGGGCAAGCUCUGGCUUCCCCUCCCAUCUCCUCCUCACCAUCAUCAUUCUCCUCGUCGUCUGACUCUGGAGUGUUCUUUCUGGGGUGCUCAGGGACCCCAGACAUGUCAGCCUCACCCCUCCCUACACCACCUACCCCUCUCUCCAGUUCCUCUACUGGAGCCUGUGCCUGGGGGUAGCAGCCCAUAGGGAGAAAAGAGAGGACUGUGAGCCAGGGGCACUUCCAGGGCCCCAGCAGCCCUUAUGCCACUCUCUGUUCCUGGAGUCUCCUGGAUACUCUGGGUCACCUGCAUGAGGGAACCACUUGACGGUAUGGUGGCCACACAUCAGGAUGGUGUCAGUUGGCUGGGCCCUGGGGCUCUCCCACUCUUCUGAGGGUGACAGGGCUUGUGUGUGUCUGUGUGUCUGUGACAAGUUCUGCAAUAAAGCCCACCCUGUUCCUCCUUCCACAGGUCUGCUUGGUCCCUGCAGUGUCAUCCUGGUGAGAUCAGGGGCACCUACGGCACAUCACCCACACCCUCUGUCAUGUAGGGAUGGAUGGGUAAAGGUUUGGGUGGGUAAGUGGGCAGAUAAAUGUAUCAGUGGAUGGAUGGAUAGAGAGAUGGAUAGAGUAUAGGUGGGUGGGUAGAUGAAUUUAUCAGUGGAUGAAUGCAUGGAUGGAUGGAUAUGUGGGUGGAGGUGGGCGUGGAUGAAUGUAUCAGUUGAGUGGGUGGAAGGAAGUAAGGAUGGAUGACUGAAUGGAUAGAUAGGUGUUUAGUUAAAUGUAUCAGUGAAUGAAAGAUGAAUGAUAAAUGGGUGGGUGGAUGGAUGGAUGAGUAGAUCCAUGGAUGGAUGGAUGGAUGGAUGGAUAAAUCCUUGAAUGGAUUGAUAGAUGGUUAGGUAGAUGGAUAGAUGGAUGCUCACAGGCAUGAAGAGAAACGCCCAUGAUAUACAUACAUGCCUGGCGGCUGGUGGGGCUGGACCUGCAUUUGUCUGUCCCCAGUUGCUUUCCCCUGUAGUGUGCCCCUGUGACUACCAGGUCCCCGUGCUGCACCUGAGCCAUGACCCUCUCAUCAGAGCACUAACUGGAGCCUUCACAUGACAAGUUGGGACCCCCAAGACUAGGUGAAACACCCCUAAAGAAGCCCACUAGGUCUAGGUGGGGGUGGGCAGGGCCAGGGAACAUGGACUAGGGAGCAAAUGGGUAAAGAGAGUCGGGACACUGGCAGGGGUGUCGAUUGGUUCUUGGAGAACUUGAAGCCCACAGGUCUCCAGUACGUGGGCCCCUCUGAUCCUCUCCACUACCAAGCCACUUCCUGUCCAGAAAGCGCGUCUGCUCUCUUUGCCAGAGACUCUGCUCUGGGCCAGCCUGGCUUCUUGCCUUUCUACCUUCUUUCCUCCUCACCUU